AUGCCGAAUCAUGGAGACUUGGGCAAGCGUGCCCGAGCAUUGCUGGCCUGGAGAGCCUCAUACGCACCAAUCGUUAGUUUUGUGCAGCUGCUGAACGCUGCCGAACCAAGUCGACAUGAUGUCUUCCUUAUGUGGGCAGGCACCAUAACCGCAAUCCUAGGUGGUAUGCCAUUUCCGAUUCUUGGACUUUUAUACGGAAAGGUCGUGGAUGAAUUAGCAGAUUGCUCUGCAGAAGCCGGAACGGACUCCAAUUCUUCUGAACAAUGGCUCUCUGUACAGAACAAGGUGCUCGGCAUGUUUGCCGUGGCUCUAUGCAACUUUACGAUGAUCUAUGCGUACAACGGAUGCUGGGGCCUCUUUGGAGAACGCCUCACGUACCGCAUUCGCUUCGCCUACAUGCGUGCAUUGCUGAGACAAGAGCCGGCCUUCUUCCACAGUCUCCCUUCCGGUGAAAUGGCAACAAGAUUGGACACCGACAUUCAGAAUAUCCAAACUGGCACGGGCGAGAAGGUGGCUCAUUAUAUUUCCACCAUAUCAUACUUUAUCACAGCAUACGCAGUGGCUUUCUCCCAGGAUGCCGCCUUGACAUGGAAGUUGGCAACACUCGUUCCCGUCUACGUACUUUACGCGCAGUAUACUGGCAAACUUCUCGAGCGCUUUUCGACACAGGUCGCGAAUGGGGUCAGCUCCGCAACAAAUUUGGCAUCCGAAAGCCUUCAAAACAUCCCUCUUGUCCACGCGUUUAGUGCCGGCAAGAAGCUUGAGGACCUAUUCAGUCAACGCCUACAAGCAGUUGCGAGCGCAGUGACAAAGAAGACAGUGACUGCCGCAGGGCAGAUGGCUUUCCUGUACACAGCAACGUACAUCUCAAAUGCGCUGGCUUUCUGGCAGGGUAGUGUGCAUAUGGCUGCAGCAAGAAACGGUGAAAAUGGUAGCAGCGUCGGUCGGAUUUAUACGGUGCUGGCUUGCGUUCUGGAUGCAUCACUCAUGUUUGCAAGCCUAUCGCACUAUCUAACUUACUUCAUUGGAGCCAGGACUUCGUUUGACAACCUGGUUCCCGUGAUGCAGCGGGAUACUGCCAUAGACGGGAUGGCAGAAACGACUGGGUUGCCGCUCACCUCCAGCAAGGGCUGUUUCGAGCUCAAAGGGGUUUCAUUCGCGUAUCCUAGUCGCCCGGAUACGCAAGUCCUGAACCACGUGUCUCUCGAAUUGCUAGCGGGAAAGGUCACUGCGCUGGUCGGUCUCUCAGGGAGUGGUAAAUCGACGAUAGCCACACUCUUGAAUCGUAUAUACGAUCCGGCAGCCGGACAUCUCGAGCUGGAUGGUGUCGAUUUGCGGCAAUGGAAUGUCAAGGAUCUUCGACAUCAUAUCUCGGUCGUGGAACAAGAGCCUACUCUCAUGAAUCGCUCAAUCCUCGAGAAUGUUGCAUAUGGCUUGGCUGGUAGCCUCAAAUGGCCACCUGGUGCAGUUGAGCGACUAGCAGCACAUAUGCGAAAUACAGGUCAAAAUGCAGAAGAAGCAGCAGGAGACUCUCAAAUAUUGAUUGAAGUGGUCCGACGAGUAAGGAAGGCGCUGAAGCAGGCACAAGCCUAUUAUUUUGUGGAGCGCCUCGAGCAUGGAAUAGCUACGAAAGUCGGUACGCGAGGACUGCAUCUCAGUGGAGGGCAGAGGCAGCGCAUCGCUAUAGCAAGAGCACUCGCCCGCAAUGCCCCAGUGCUCGUGUUAGAUGAGGCAACAUCCGCUCUCGAUACUGCUACCGAAGUUGCAAUACUGCAGAGUCUUUCGCAGUCCAUGCCGGGCAGGACGAUCAUUUUGAUCGCGCAUCGAUUGUCGUCCAUCAAACAUGUGGACAAGGUCAUCGUCAUGCGCAACGGAGAUGUCAUUGAAGAAGGUGGGUAUAAGGAGCUUCUGGAUAGCAAUGGCCACUUUACUCGCAUGGUAGAGAUGCAGGCGCUGCAGAAUCACGUCGAGCAAAAGUCUGGAAAGGACUUCUCCACAAUCGGUGCGUCCACAGCUGGCGCAUCCACCACUGAACACGAGGCAAAAGAAAUUUCAGAAUUCCGCGAGAGCUCCAAGUCUGCUGAUCUGCAGAACACUCCUGCCGAUUUUACUGGAGAAGAUGAAGGAAAUGACGACCUGGAAGACUUGCCACUACUCGACUCCGAGCUGAAGGACAGCAAAGAGGAUGCAGACGACACGAUGCAGAAGGUCGAUGCAGGAAAGGCUCCAUAUCGAAAAGUGUUUGGACGAAUAUAUGAGUACACACGGGUGCAACGCUCGCUCAUCUACACAGGUAUAGCUACUGCAACUUUUGUUGGCCUCACCUGGUCAAUCGAAGCAGUCAUGUUUGGACAAGCCAUUGGAGCCCUCACAGUCUGCGGUCUGUCCGCUGAACGCAUAAUCGCGAGUGGCCAGAACGUCGGGAUAGCCUUCCUGAUUCUGGCGGUUCUGAGCUUUGGCACCACUGUGGUCUCUUCUUAUUGCUUUGGUAACGUGUCGGAGUACCUCUUGAACCGGGUUCGGAUUCUGUCCCUCAGGAGUCUACUACAGCAAGACGUGGAAUGGCACGAAGACAAGGGACGCACGCCAAGCAGCCUCCUGUCCUACAUCAGUGCCGAUGCCUCGAGCCUUGGGAAUAUCACGGGGAAUCUCCUUGGAGUUUCGAUCGGCGUUAUCGUGAGCUUGAUUGUUGGUCCUGUAUUAGCCCACAUCAUUGCUUGGAAAAUUGCCAUUGUCAUUCUUGCAAUCAUUCCCAUCCUGGUCGGUGCUGGCAUUGCUCGAGUAUCGGUCCUUACAAAGUUCCAAGACAAGCACCGAGAAGCAUUUGACGCAUCUGUUGGGAUCGCUACAGAAGCUGUGGGGGCCAUCAACACAGUAGCGGCAUUCGGUCUUGAAGAAGAGAUGCUCGCAUCGUAUCAACGGGCGCUGAACGAACCCUAUGCCGCAACAGUACGCCUGGUUAUCAUCGGAAACUGCUUUCUGGCACUCGGCUACAGCAUUCCAAACGCAUUGAACGGUAUAGCCUACUGGUGGGGAUCGAAACUGAUUAUUGCCGGCGAAUAUGAUCAAGCGCAAUUCCAGACUGUGCUGCCAGCUAUGCUUGUUGGCGCGGUCGGCUGUGGUCAGCUUUUCAACCUGCUUUCCGAUGUAGCUCGAGCAACUUCGUCUGGAGCGCGGGUAUUCAGUCUCAUUGAUUUGCUACCCAAGAGCCAUCAGCGAGUACAACUGGACAUACAAUCGCACGAAAGUGGCAACAGUGGCCGGCUCAGAGAACGGGACGAGGACGCUACUGGUGAUCUGCCAGAAAAGUCAGAUUUAGACGUUGAGGCUAUCCCGCUGAUGCUCAUCAACGAGAAAGAAGUCGAAGACGCGGACAAGCCCCGUCCCAUUGGCGGCGCUCGUGUCUCGAUGACCGACGUCUCCUUCGCCUACCCAAGCAGACCAUCCACUGUCGUCCUCCAAGAUAUCAACAUCAACAUUCAACCUGGUCAAUUAGCUGCCUUCGUUGGCCCCUCAGGCAGCGGCAAAUCCACCAUAUUCGGCCUCCUAGAACGCUUCUACCGACCCACCACAGGUUCUGUCGUCAUUGGCCAUGAAGACAUCAGCAAAUCUGACGAUACGACCUUUCGAAGAAACAUCUCUCUUGUACCGCAAACGAAUAUGCUGUUUGACGCAAAUGUAACCUUCAAUCUCGAUCUAGGCUCAAGCAGCGAAUCUUCAGUCAGCCAAGCAAGAUUGGAAGAGGCUGCUCGCCGCGCAAAUAUCCACGACACAAUUAUGGGCCUUCCACAACAGUACGAGACACCUUGCGGCACCAACGGAAAAGACUUCAGCGGUGGGCAGAGACAAAGACUUUCGCUCGCCAGAGCCCUAGUACGAGAUCCUUCACUACUUUUACUUGACGAGCCGACCUCUGCCCUCGACAGCGAAUCAGAGGCACGAUGGCAAGAGACGUUGCAGGAGCUCCGAGGCGAAGCCACUAUUUUGAUCAUUGCACAUCGGCUGCAUACCAUUCAGAUGGCAGAUGUCAUCUUCCUGAUACAUGAUGGGCGUUGCGAGGACCGAGGGACACAUCAAGAGCUGAUGCAGCGGAAUGAGAGGUACAGAACGAACGUGAUGCAGCAAGUAUUGGAUUGA